GCAAAGUAAUGAGUGAUAAUACGGCGGGCUGCUCGUGUGCUCAGUAUCCGUGCAAGGACAUUUUGGAGAGCAGCUGUCUCUAUUAUUACAAAAACUGGAACAUUAAUUAAAUUCAACUUUCAAACUAUUUUCAUAACGAAAUGACUCGAUUACCACUUCCACCCGUCUCCUCGGAUGACGAAUCUGCAAAUGAGGUUAUCGACGGACCCCUUAAGCCAAAACUGCGACGAAGGAAGAGGAGGGGAAGAGUUAUCCAGACGGAUUCAUCUAAUGACUCAAAGUCAGAUGAUUCUGACUUCAAGAAAGUACCAAAAAAGAGGAAGCGGAAGACGAAGGUGAAGAAGACCGUUUCCAGGAAUGUUUUUUCGUCAUCAUCCAAAUCAGAUUCUGACUCUGACGGAAAGUCCACUCAACAACCUCCCCCUCGUCGUUUAACGAGAUCAGCUGCGGCGCCUUCAUCUCAACCAUCUGCUGCUGACGUGUCUGAGAACACCGACUCUGGAUUUAAGACGUCCACCAGUACCAAGUCACGAUCCGCAGAAAAGAUAAAUCCAUCAUCGGAUGCGUCAGUUGGCGAAACUGUAACGUUUCGAUACAAAACGCACAAAACGGAGGCUGUGUAUUCUCACACAACAAAAAGAGGAAAAAAAAUGUACAAAGUUGUAGGUCAACGUAAUCCAUCUCCCAGGUCAGCGGAAGCACUAAUAGCUGCAUUGGAAAUAAGGUACCGAUAUAGACCUCCCCAAUUCGCACGAUCACCAACUCCUCCUCAUUUAUCACCUGAAUCCGUCACGGAUGAAGAUGUGGAGCUCGAAGGAAAAAGUUACAAGUUGGUAAAGGUUGGGAUGUCAAAGCAGCGAAGUCGUGGAAAAUUUAGAAGAAUGUACGUGUAUAAAGACAGGAUAAAUAUGAAACAUAUGUCAAGAUCAGCAAUUAUUAAUGACAUAAAAAACUGGUAUGUUUCAUCAUGCAAUGAUGCACCAUUAGUAGUUGUCAAUUAUUAAUUAAUUAUGGCAGGCAGGGGAUAAUCGAAAGGACAAGGAAUCGGCUCCGAAUUACAAACCCUAAUCCAGAUGACAUCGUGAAUAUCAUCGUAAAUGGUUCGUCAUAUGAACUUCGAUAUGACCACAUAGAAAGUGAUAGAUCCGGAAUGGAUUUGUAUCGAUACAAAAAUGGAAAGGAGUGUAAAACAAUGCCAGCUUGGAGAAAACAACUAUACAUAUGGCAAAUUCGUAAUAAUGAGGUCAAGCAACGGGUCCAUGAAUGGCUGACACACCAGACACGUCCCAUUCCUCCUGAGGUUAUGAGAAGAAUUACUCCAUUUCGGAUAAAUCCACCACGGAUUCAUCUCAACUCUAUGGAUGCUGCAGCUGAUGUUGAACGUGACAAGGAGAUGAAUGAAUAUCUGAAGAUAACCGAUAAGGUGAAGGAUGGAGCAAGACGCUUUCGACGACGGUACCUAUACUUUGUCGUCAUCAUACCUGAGGAACUGGUGCGUCAUAUCCAACCGGAUGAAACAGGUCAUUGCCCUGAAAUUUAUGACUGGCUACGUGACCACGAGGACGACGAUAGUAUGUCGAUCCCACUUUACGUUGGAAGGAAUUCGAGGCAAAUCCAAACUAAUUUAUCAUUGCAAUGAUUUAUUAUUAUUAAAAAUAAUUGUUUAUUUGUUUCAAUACAGGCGCCCAGAACCUUCCGCUUUUACAUUCAACCCGGAUGUACGGACUUCCAUCCGACGUGAAGUUAACGAAGGCGGGCGUCCAUUCCUCAUUCAUGUCGAGGAGGUGAAUUAUCCUACUAGAAGGGCAGCACGGGAGGGAAUUGCAACAUUGGAAGCAGUAGUUAUUGCUUAUUUCUCGUGGAUCAGCCCCCACACACCACGCAACUCUCAAGUGGGAAAAUUGAAAUAUUGUAUUGCGAAUAAACAUGCCGAGGUGGACACUUUUAUGGAUUGCAAUCCCCGGAUCAAGAGCCAUAUUCUUGCCAUGGCGUCCACCAGAUCUCGUCGACCAUUCCACUUCCUCCUGGAUCCAUCUGUCCCCUGCCCAAUUGACCAUUCUUACCCAGGUCAACCCUAUUCGGCUAUGAUGCAUCCAAAUAGGGAUAAGAUCACAGAAGUUAUCUUGGACAAGAUGGAAGAAGAAGAAUCUACAGAUGGGGAAGAGUCUGACUACUCGGAGAUGGACGACAUGUUUACGGAUGACGAUGAUGUAUUUGAAGAUUCAUCCUAUCCGGAUUCAUCAGCUCCACAAACCCCGACCUCAUUCCUAUCCUCCGUCCGAUUUGAACGGCAAUCUCGUGGCCAUAAUAGUUGUGGCAUGAAUGCCGUCAACAACUUCAAUCAAGACGGGCCGGUUUACACGAGAGAUUUUUUUCAAGAUAUCGCAGCCAACUUGGAGGAAGCGGAAAGGGACGUAGUCGAUACAGGAGAGCUGGACAAGGGGGCGUAUGGUGGCGACAUCGGAGAUUAUAGUGUGGAGGUGUUGGAACGUGCUCUGGUUUUCGCCCAUUACCAAGUGUCAAGACAAUCGGAUGAAUUCGAUAUUGAUUCAUCCCUUGGAUUCAUCUACAACCCAGGGAAUCACUGGAUUGCAGUACGACGAGUUGAAGACCAGUGGGUGGAAAUGGACAGCAUGGCAGCAGCACCAACUAUUGUUACCCCGUUGGAUGUCUUGAAGUUGGUGCGUCAAUACGGAAAUGCCGUGAUCAUUGUGACGGGCAAGAAUGGACAGACUGAUCCAUAGGGAUGUGGCUUUUUUCGUCUUAAGACAUUUAUUUUUAUUCAUCGUUGGAUAUAAUGGUGACUAUAGGGAUAUGGAAUAAAAUGUGCAUAAGUUUACAGGUCACAUGUAUUUAGGGAUUGCUGGAAUAAAUUUUGUACUCCCAAAACGUUGUUAAAACAAAGUUUGUUUCAAAUGA